AUGCAUCACUGGGUUCAAGGUUCUUCCUCCGAUUUCACCGGAACUCCUCCAAAGCCACGAAGUGGACAUACAGCUGUCAAUGUCGGAAAAUCCAUGGUGGUGGUGUUUGGCGGUCUCGUCGACAAGAAAUUCCUCAACGACAUAAUUGUUUAUGAUAUUGAAAACAAACUCUGGUUUGAGCCCGAAUGUACUGGCAGCGUGUCCGAAGGACUAGUAGGUCCUACACCGCGUGCUUUUCAUGUUGCCAUCACAAUUGAUUGUCAUAUGUUCAUCUUUGGUGGGCGUUCUGGUGGCAAGAGGUUGGGCGACUUUUGGGUUCUAGAUACAGAUAUAUGGCAGUGGUCUGAACUGACCAGCUUCGGUGACUUACCAACGCCUCGUGAUUUUUCUGCCGCUGCUGCUAUUGGGAACCAGAAAAUUGUAUUGUGUGGUGGCUGGGAUGGUAAAAAGUGGCUGUCGGAUGUGUAUCUAAUGGACACAAUGUCACUUGAGUGGAUAGAGCUGUCGGUUUCGGGGUCUUCGCCACCUCCUAGAUGUGGUCAUACAGCCACCAUGGUUGAGAAACGGCUACUUGUUUUCGGUGGCAGAGGAGGUGGUGGCCCAAUCAUGGGUGAUCUGUGGGCUUUGAAGGGUCUGAUAGACGAAGAGCGUGAAACACCUGGAUGGACCCAACUCAAGCUUCCUGGCCAAGCACCAUCAUCUCGAUGUGGUCAUACAGUUUCAUCUGGAGGACAUUAUCUUCUGUUAUUUGGGGGACAUGGAACUGGUGGAUGGCUAAGUCGUUAUGAUGUCUAUUAUAACGACACUAUAAUUUUGGACAGAGUAACUGCUCAAUGGAAACGCUUACCAAUAAGCAAUGAGCCCCCUCCUCCUCGAGCUUACCAUUCUAUGACUUGUAUUGGAGCCCGGCAUCUUUUAGUUGGUGGUUUUGAUGGAAAAUCGACCUUUGGUGAUAUAUGGUGGUUGGUUCCCGAAGAUGAUCCGAUAGCCAAGAGGUCUUCUGUGCCACAACUUAGAAAUCCUCCUGAAAAUAAGGAGUCAGAGAGAGAAUUGGAUAAGGAAAAGGGACAAGAGGGAUCCACUAUUGCUGAAUUGCAAAAGAAAAUGGGAAUAUCUGUUUCAUCAGGGUUGCGCCUUCAAAUUCCCGAGGAGUCAGAAGAUCAAGAAUUUGUUGAACUAGGAACUAGAUUGAUUGAGGGAGAUGUAGUUGAUGGUCGGGCCUCGGUGCUUCAGAUGGCAGCUCAAGCACUUCGUCAACACUGGAAAGAGUCCACUCCAGCAACUUUACAACUAAAAGAGCUUGGUUCCUUACUUCGAGAUUAUCAGCGACUAGUUACCCGAAAAUACACAGCACAGAGCAGCUUCAUGUGUGCUGAUUUUGGCCUCCCCGGAAAGAAGACCUUUACGUUUUAUCAUAUCAGAAGUUCUUCCGAGUUGCGGAUGGAUGACAUCCCGAAGUUGCUGGAAGAAUACAAAACCCUUCUAAUCUGA